CAUCCCUCCCUUAUCAUCUAUACCCCCCUAGUCUCCCUCCUCCUUUUGUCUUUUUCUCCCCCUUCAUUUCUCCACCCUCUUCCCUCUAUCUUUUUUGUCCUUUUCACUCUCUCUCAUUCUCUCUCCUCCCCCAGCUCUUUGGCACCAAUAACAAGAGGGAGAUCAGCAGUGGUUGCAGCGGACGAAGCUUUCUGCAUACGACGGACAGAGAAGAACUGCACCUUGCCUGCGACACAGGGAGCUAUGGUACAGAAAGGAACUCAGAGGAACAGAAAGACAGGGGAUUGUUUUCGUCAAGUCAUUACCCUUUAACCUCUUUAAUGAAUCUGUCUUUGGUCCCUAACAUACUACAAUGGAGCUGGACACAAAAUUAUUUUAAAAGCUGGUGGUUUCAAGACAAAGAGUAUGGGCUAAUUCAGUAACUUCUAAAGACUUACUUUCAACAUAAUAAGAUAAAAGACACAAGAAUGUGUGAAGUGUUUCUACUGUCCCGUGCCAGUAAAUAUUUACCAUCCACCACAGUCUGGUACAAUGCAACAGAAUUAAGUGUCUGCUACCUGUGACCCAUCUCUCACUAUGUGGCUAUCCUGUGUCUUCUGGCCACAACUGUUUUGGGCCUUCAGUCUCUGCUUUCUUGGAGAAAUUAUGACAGUGUUAGAAGCAUCUCCACUAAACUGCCAAGAUACCUGUGUUUGUGCAAGUGAUGUGAUUACUUGCUCCAAGAAAGAGCUGGCUGUGAUCCCUAGUGGUCUACCAAAGUAUAUAGCAAUGCUGGACCUCACUCACAACAACCUGGCACGUGUGCGUGCUGAAUGGACGCCAGCUCCACUGAAGAGAUUACACACUUUGUUGCUAUCACACAAUCAUUUAACUUUUGUAUCAUCGGAGGCUUUCUAUCUGACUCCAAACCUACGUCACCUAGACCUAUCCUGUAAUAAAUUGUAUGCACUUGAUGAGAAUGCAUUUAGUGCUUUGGAAAACCUAGAGGUUCUUAUUCUUUUCAAAAACUCAAUUGUAGAAAUUGACCGUAGUGCUUUUGAUGAUAUGAAGCAUUUGCAGAAGCUAUAUCUGAGCUACAAUUUAGUGACACGCUUCCCUAUUGAACUUGUGAAGGAUGGGGAAAAAUUGCCUGAGUUGUCAUUACUUGAUCUCUCUUUUAAUCAAAUAAAGAUCCUGCCAGUGCCACAACUCCGCGUGCUGCCUGCCUGGCUCACCAACAGGCUUUACUUACAUGGAAAUCAACUGACCUGCAACUGUGAAUUGUACGGACUGUUCUGGAAUUGGCAUGUUCGACAGCUGGCAUCCACUGUGGACUUCCGAGAACAGUUACGCUGUUACCCACCCUCCCAGCAAAGAACUGUUACCAUAAAUGUAUUUUCCCUCAAUGAUAGUGAAUUCAUCAACUGCAGUAUUGUGCGAGAGAGUGGUUUGGAAGCAUAUCUGGACGAUACCGUGAUUUUAAACUGUGACACUAAACAAAGAGAAGUUAGCCAGAUUUGGGUAACGCCUGGAAAUGAGAUACACAAACAAAAUGAUGGGGAUGAAACAAAUAGCAGCAUAUCUGUUCUAAAUAAUGGCAGUCUGCAAAUACGACAUAUCCGUUUGGCAGACAGGGGCACAUAUACUUGUUAUGCUCAUGGUGAGGCACUAAAUGAGACUCUAUAUGUGACACUCAGUGUUUUUAAUUUGACAAGACACGUACACCCAGAUACACUAAAUACUGCAUAUACCACUCUAGUGGGCUGUGUGGCUAGUGUCAUCCUAGUUCUUAUCUACUUAUAUUUGACACCAUGCCGCUGCUGGUGCAGGACAGGUGAUAGAGAUCAAGGAGAGGACAGGGACAGUAUCCGUUCCUCAGUCCUCAGUGCAACACCCAACCAUGAGACUACCAGUGACAAAGCAGCUCUCAGUCGUCAUGUGGCUUUUCUGGAGCCCCCUGGAGACCUUCGAGGUCAAAAUGGAAAACUUAAACCAAAUGGCUCACAGGAUGCACAUGGGAUAAAGAACAACUCACUACAACCUGCAUCCCCACAUAGAAAACUUUCAGAUCCUGGAUCAAUAAGUUCUGUGUUUUCUGAUACCCCUAUUGUAGUGUGAGGGGUGAAUGCAGAAAUGAUAAAUUAUGAAGGGUUGCAAAGAACUCAUAAGUACUUCAACUCUAGAAUUAUUAUCAAAAAUCUCCUGAAAGCGCAUGUGCAUGUCAGGCUAGUAGUAUUCAUCAUCCAGGAGAGAGAACCAAGAGGGUAAGAAAAGAUUUAAAAACUGGAUUGGGAAUGUUACUAUGGUAAGAUUAUUUAGAAAAACGUUGAAAAGUAUCAUACACUUAAAAGUAGGAAAUACAUAGAGAUUACAAGGACCUUGAGGGGUGAUAAAAACAUGUAUUAGACCUAGUCUAGCUGUAGGAAAUCAAACAGAUUGGAAGCAUAGUAUAACAUGAAACUUAUCAGUUUUCAGUCUAAUAAGCAACUAGAUCCAAAAUAUCAUUUAGGAACAAUUUUAAGAUUUUUUUUUCUAAAUCUUAACCUCAUUUGCCAUAGCAAAAAACACAAGUCAAACUACUUGCCAUAGCCAUUAGGUGCUGUUGACACAGAAAGAAACUCAAAGAUAUAGCACAUGUUCAGGCUGGAGUCUGUACUGUGCAUCAGUGUUAACUCGGAGUGCAGAUAAGUCACUUUAGACUCAGGUUCGUGUCAGUUAUGAAAAGCACAUGCUUAUAGAGUAGCUUGAAAGUAAUACAAACAAACUGUUGACUUAAUUGUUAGUAUAUUACUUAGCACAGGUUUUCAUAUGUAUACAAAUAUCCUGAAACUGCCCUUUAUGCUUCUUAUUCCUUAUAAGUGAACAUCUGUAGUCCAUUAGAUUUGUAGUCUUGGGAUUUUGAUGUCAAUGGUGUAAGAUUGGCUGAAAACUGUUGACUGUUCUGUAAAGUGAAGCAGCUGCAUAAGAACACUCAGCCAUGUUCCAUUACCUCUUUAUGUGUGAUACCUUCUUUUUUCCACAGGUGCUCACAGGUGCUGACUCUUUAGUACAACCUAUAUUCUGUUACUGUUUUUUAUCAUAUUCCUCCCACUACAAAUUUCAAAAUCUGAAGGUGCCAAAAAGGUGGCUUGCUUGCUUACUUUAUGAGAUACAUUGGGCUCAGAGCCACAUUAAGUGUCCCAUACACAUUAAAGAGCUGAAGGCCAAUUGUUCAUUUAGCAAUCUGCAACGCCUCCCGACUCGCCAAGAGUAUGUGUUUUCAAUAGUGCAAAAAGGAACAAGCUGCUGACAGACCUCUUUAGGAGUGCUUUGUCUCCUAUAGAAAUACAAUGUUGGGGGUGUUGAAAUCACUUAACACCAACACCCUGCUUUCCUGUUUUAUGUAGAAGUCUGGUUACCCCAUACACAUUAGAUGGCCAGUGAUCCUGACAAAAUUAGCAACUUCAGCCAACAUUUACCUAAUGUGCAUGGGCAACCUUAGAAGCUCAAUUCUGAAUUGUAGAAGCUCAAUUCUGAAUUGUCAAAUUAAGUCAUUUAUUUAUUGAUGUUUAUCUGCUGCCUUAUGCAUACUUAUAAACAGAUAUUAGCAAAAAUCGAUUUAUUUUAGUUGUCUAUCAUGUACCAAUUUAACCUAAAUUGAGCAUUCACAUAAGAUUACUGUGAGAUGAGGAUUUAUCAGUCAUCCUCCCCAACCUCCUCCUGAAUAUGCACAAACAGGGAACAUUGGAAGACAGAUAUAAACUGUGAGACAUUAAUAGCAGAUCUUAUCUUUUGACUGAAUAAAAUCAAAAUGCCAGAUAGACAGUUAAGAGGCCCCAUACCCAUUAGAUAUUAAAGGAAAUCUGUCACCAGUGUCACCUGCACUAACCUGUCGGUAACGACAGGUAGUGCAGGUCCCACUGAUGACAACGGUACUCACGGUACUCCUGUAAUCUUCUUCGGUAUCUUCACUCCGGGCACAGGCGGAGCUUAAUGACAUAACCACUGCUGCCCGGGACACUGCAGAAAGCAGCAGUUUGUCAGCCCUUUUAUUGGCCUUCACAUUUAGAAAUAAAACAUCAUCAUUAUGAGCUGAGGAUUGUCAGAUUCAGGCAAUGACUGUUACACGUUUACUCACUUUUCAUGUAUGCCAAAAUGAACUAUGAGUAAAUGGGAAACGGCUGUCUCCUGAAUCUCACAAUCCUCAGAGCGUGAUGAUGUUUAAGAGCUCAAUGUGAAAGGCAAUAAAAGGAUUAAAGGAUACUGUUAAGUGCCACGGUCUUUCUUACAAUUCUCAGAUCAAGUUUGUUAACACUGUCCUGUAGAAAAUUGCUAGCAAGGUCCCUGGGGGUUGGGUUUUCACAAGAAAUAAACACAAGUAGCAGUGCUGAUUUAAUUGAUUGCCGGACUCAACAGAACAGUUGAUUAAUUCUUGGCAACAAACAGGUCAUUUCCAGGUUACAUGGCCAGCUUAAAGCUAGGGCAACCCUUUGAAGUGGGAUUUCCAGUCUUUACUAUUAGGACAGCUGCAGGCCACAGGCGUAUACUAUGUUGUACAACACUCAGUGGAGAGAAUUUCCUAUAACUGUCUAAUUCUUAGACAGUGCAAACCUAGAUUAACAGACUUUAAAUGUGCCAGAUUUAACACAUUGGCUUAGGCUGAUUGAUAAAUCUGACUGUCUAGUCUAAGUGCACUGUCAAUUUUUAGUUUACACCAGUUAUGAGUUGACUUACCUCAGGCAAAGGUAACAAAAUGCGCUAAAAACUUUGAUGCAUUAUUUUGGCACAUGGCAUGGUAUUUUGGGCCGCACACACUUUCAGCCCAUUCUACCCCCUUUCCCGAUAGGCCAUCCCCCUUUGUCAGUGAUGCACAUGUUCCUGUACUUUUUGGCACAUAAAAGCAUAAUAAAUGCCUAAAUUACUGUGCACAGCAAUUUUCGAGCAUGUAGAGCCAACAUUCUGGCAAAGCAAGCAUAGUAAAUGUGGGACAAUGUAUUUCUUUGGAUAGCAACUGUAGCUCAAUAGCUAAAAUUGGCAAAUCUCGCUACAAAAAGUAUUACUUGGAUGGCAGCAAUAAGAAGCCUAGCUGAUAGAUCUUUUUUAAUAUUUACAAUAAUGAAAUAGAACCUUUAAAUGGUAAAUAAAUAUUGUGAAAUCAAAGUCAUAAAUAUCUAGCCUUCUGCAAAAAGGAAAACGUUUGAUAAAGUAAAUGAUCAGUCAUAACAUUGAAACCACUAACGGAUGAAGUGAAUAACGAUGAGCAAGUCACCAAUCAUUUCUUGAAGAUGGUCAUGCCGAAAGAUCUGAAUGACAAGGACGAAUUUGUUUUGGCUAGACCACUGGGAUAGAACAACAGGUCUUGUGGGGUGUUCUCACUAUACAGUAGUUCGUAUCUACCAAAAGGUGGUCUAAUAAAAAACAACUGAUGAACCAGUCAUGGGCGCUCAAGGCUCAUCAGUGUGCAUGAAAAGCUAUUUCUAACCCAUCAGUUUUGUGCCCACAGAGGAGCUCCAGUAGCACAAGUUGCUGAAAAGUUAAUGUAGGCUAAAACAGAAAGGUGACAGCUUGCUUUAUGUGUAUGGGGCUAUGUGGCUGUAGAUUGGUCAGAAUGCCUGUUCUGCCCCUUUUUCACCAACAAAAGUAUCUACAAUGUGCACAUAAGCACAAAAACAGGAUCAUGAAACAAUUAAAGAAAGUGGCCUAGUUUGAUAAGUUACAUUUUCUGAGUAUCAUAAGGCUGGCAGAGUGCCUAAGCAUUGCUUACCUGGGGAAGAGAUGGCAUCAGGAUGUACAAUGGCAAGAGGUCAUCAGCAACACUGUGAUUCUCUGGGCAAUUUUUUGCUGGGAAUCUGUUGGUACUGGCAUUCAUGUAGAUGUUAAGUUGACACACAGUGUACCACCUACCAACACAUUGUGGCAACCCAUUCUUACGUAAGCAGGGCCUGGAAUUUAUUACAAUUUCCAUGUUUUGGUUUGUCCGCUUGCUUUUUUUAAGAUUGAUCACAGGUCAAUAGGAUUGAGAUCUGGGAAGUUUCCUGACCAUGGACCCAAGUUCAAUGUUUUGUUCACUGAAUCAAUUUGUUAUCUUGCCUUGUGACAUGGUACUCCAUCAUGCUGGAAAUAAGUGUUGUUCAUCACCAAAUUGCUCCUGGAUUGUUGGGGGAUGUUGCUCUAGGAGGAUGUUUAGAUGCCAAUAUUUAUUCAUGGCAGUGCUUCUAGGCAAAAUUGUGAGUGAGUCUACUACCUUGGAUGAAAAGCAAUCCCACACAUGAAUGGUCUCAUGAUGAGUCCUGGCAUGACACAUAACUCAUGGUAGCAUUCACUUUUCUUAUCCGGACAAUCAUUCUUCCAAUGUCCCAAUGUCUAAAGGCAGCUUCAUCUCAGAGAAUAACUUUACCCUAGUCCUCUGCAGUCCCAUCCCUGUACCACCUGCAGAAUGUCAGUCUAUCCUUGAUGUUUUUCUUGGAAGAAAUGGCCACUGUGCUUCUAUACUCCAGGACAGCCUCUAAAAUCCUUCACCUCACUGUGCGUGCAGAUGUAUUGACCCCUGUAUGCUGUCAUUCCUGAGCAAGCUCUGCACUAAUGCUUAACCAAUCCCAAAGCUGAAUCGUCUUUAGGAGAUAGCCUUGGCACUUGAUGGACUUUCUUAGGUGCCCUGAAGCCGUCUUCAUAGAAUUUGAACCUUGCUGAUUAAAGUUCUUGAUCCAAUAAAUGGUUGAUUUAAGGGCAAUAGUAAUAGCAGCAGCCAAUAAUUGCUUGUGUCACAUGCAAAUGACACAUGUGGUAACCGGGCCAGUUGGUGCCAUGUGUAAGAGAACCCUUAAUCACCUUAAAAACUGCAAGCAAAACAAUCAAUUGUAUUUAUUUCAGACCACUGAGCAACCCGGAUACAUUACUGGAACAUAUUUCAAAUGCCUCAUGAGAGUUAUUUCACAGAUACUUAAAUAUGAUUGCACUGGACAUAUAAAAUUGUGUAGCUAAGAUGACAGAAAUAAGUCAAUGAAAACUAUACAGUAUGAUUUUAUGUAUUUUUUUACUGUCAGUUGUGGAAAAAACACAACUAGAAAAUUCAGGCACUUUAUCAGUGAUAUCUGUGUUUUAAAUGUUCAGGAUUGGAGAAAUGCCAUAUACAUUCUUUAAUCAACAAUCUGCCUUCUAUGUUAUUCCUUUCUUCUUCUAUGUCUUACUGUAUGUUUACCCCUGUAAGCAGCAAAGAUCUGCUCCCUGUAUUAAAUAUAUAUACAUAUAUAAAUAAAUAUAUAAAUAUAGAUUUUAUUUAUUUAAAUCCAACACAUGGCUGAAUUGUUAGUCUGAAUUCUGGAAA